AUGGCGGAUGUAAGCGAAGACCCGGCCGUGCCGAGUGGCCCGCAACCAGUGCAAAUCGAAGCUGAAGAGGGCGAGCUCGAUACGGACUCGGCCUUUGGUGAUGAUGCCGAGAGCUAUACGACUUCACUGAAGUCGAGUAUCACGAACUACAAAUACGAAAAUGGCAGAAGAUACCACGCCUUCAAAGAUGGGUCAUACUUCCUUCCCAACGAUGAAUCCGAAGCCGAUCGACUGGACCUUUUCCACCACAUCAUGUCCCUUCGAUGUGACGGAGAACUCCAUUGGGCGCCCAUAGGAGACAACCCAGGGCGAAUCCUAGAUAUCGGGACAGGAACUGGUAUAUGGGCUAUUGACAUGGGGGACAAAUACCCAUCUGCAGAGAUCUUAGGGAACGACCUCAGUGCCAUCCAACCUACGCUAGUCCCACCAAACGUCAAAUUCGAAGUCGACGACGCCGAAAACGAAUGGGUCUACAGCUCCAAAUUCGACUACAUCCACUGCCGUUACAUGGCCGGCUCGCUAAAAGAUUGGCCGCGACUGAUGCAACAAGCUUACAAGUACACCAAGCCGGGCGGCUGGGUCGAGUUCCAGGACUUCGACAUGACCUUCUACUCGACAGGGGGCGAAUUCAAAGAGAACAGCGCGCUGGAUCAGUGGGCAACUGGUGUCAAACACGGAAUUUCCAAGUUUGGACUCGUUGCGGAGCCAGGGCCGAAAUUGGAGGGGUGGGUGAAAGACGCGGGCUUUACGAAUGUGCAUCACAGCGUGUUGCCAAUACCGGUUGGACAGUGGCCGAAGGAUAAGAAAUUGAAAGAAAUCGGCGCAUUCGACUUGAUCCAAUUCCUCGACGGCUGCGAAGCAAUAUCGCUGCGCAUCUUCACAAACGUGCAGGGCUGGAGCCCAGAGCACAUCCAGGUGUUCCUCUCUGAUGUGCGGAAAGAUCUGAAGAACACGCGGUUGCAAGCGCAACAUAAUUUCCACGUUGUGUACGGGCAGAAACCCCUGACGGCCGAAUGAACGAAAUAAUUACUUAAACACGAAUAAUGUGUAAGGCGUUGAGAUACAGAUUUCUGGUACGCGAAAAGCGAGUGUAAUGAACGACCUG